CACUCCUCCUACUCCGUCGCUCCUCGGCUGAACCCCGAAAAUGGCCAAUGCAGCAUCUGGUAUGGCUGUGCACGAUGAGUGCAAGAUGAAGUUUCUGGAGCUCAAGACAAAAAGGGCCUACCGAUCAAUAGUGUUCAAGAUUGAGGAGAAACAAAAGCAAGUCAUUGUGGAAGCAACUGGUGAUCCUGCACAAAGCUAUGAAGCUUUCACAGAUAGCCUUCCUUCUGAUGAAUGCCGUUAUGCAAUUUUUGAUUUUGAUUUUCUUACACCAGAGGGUGUCCCAAAAAGCCGGAUAUUCUUCAUCGCAUGGUCUCCCGAUACAUCAAGGGUGAGGAACAAGAUGAUCUACGCGAGCUCAAAGGACAGAUUCAAGAGAGAGCUUGAUGGAAUUCAGAUCUGA